UAGCGCGGCAGUAUAGUAGCGCUCGAAUACUUCAGUCGAACUUCAGUGCGCCGUUACAAUCGGUCGAACAUACGCGUUACGGCAACUAUACGCCCUACGCCUGUACCUAUACACCGGCAACGUCGUAUACGUCUCGACAAUAACAACAACCGGAGGAAUUCGUAAUAAUAAUAUAAUAUUGUUUCGAGAUCUAUGCGUCCAAAACCGACGGCCGCAGAGCGUAAUACCGGCGUGCUUUUGUAAUAUACCCGUCCGUAAUACUAUAUGCGAGCGCAGACCCUAUACACAGUGUCCGUUUAAUUGCUACGGUUCGUUAUUUUCACGAUGGAAGAAAACGCGCCGCCGGGGCCGAGCACGCCGCCUGCCGCCGAACCUCCCGUAGUGGUAAACGUCCAAAAACCGUUUAAUAAUUCUUCGGUGACGCAGGGAUUCUUGGCCGUGAUUUCGCUGCUGCCAUGUGUGAUUUCCGGGGCCAUUUUGGGAUUUACCGGUGUGUCCAUGUGGAAUUUGCCACUGUCGUUUCGAAACGCCACUUGGUUCGCUAGUCUGGCCGCUCUGGGCGCGGCAGGGGGCUGCCUGAUCUCUCACAGCUUGAUGAACGCGUUCGGACCCCGGGGCUCGGUGCUGCUGAGUCACGUGAUUUGCGCCAUCGGUUGGAUGCUGACGUUCAGCAGCUGGACCACCACAAACCUGCUCGUUGGACGCGCGCUCACCGGCGUGUUCGUGGGCGUCGUGUCGGUGGCGGCCACCGCGCACAGCUCCGAGUGUUUCCCGGCACGGCCCACCGCCCGGCCGGUCGUCUACACCGCCAUCGGAGUGCUCUGCAUGUACCUGGCCGGGUCACUGCUCAGCUACGCUCAGACAGCCGCCGUGGCCAUGGUGGUCACCAUCGUGUCGUUCGUUCUCGUCCGGUCGUUCGUGCCAGAGAGCCCGGCAUGGCUGGAGUCCCGCGGCCGCACUGGUGACGCCGAGUACUCCAGGCUCAAGUUGAGGCUCCAGCGGCAACCGGACGCUGAAUCGCUGGAAGACGGCGUGGAACCCUCGACCCGCAGUGUCGGAGACAGAUCUACAUCAACCGAGGCCAUCUACCGGAGUGUCCACCGGCCCGAGAUCUACAGGCCGUUGCUGGCGCUGGCCUUGCACCUGGCCCUACAGCAAAUGUCCGGUCCGAUGGUGUUGGUGUCGUACGCCUCGCAAAUGGUGGGUGACUCUGGCGUGCGCGUGCUAAACGGCCACUUCGUAGCGGCCGUACUGGCCGCGUUCCUAGUGGCCGGCGCCCUCGUGUCCACCGCUAUGGACCACCGGGAAUCGUCGGCCACACUUGCAGCCGCCGGCACGCUGACGGCCGGCGUGGUCAUCGCCGUCUACAACCUGGUCCGCCGGAUGUUCCUCAACCGGCUCGGCUCGCAGCUGUUGAGCUUCGUCCCGUUGCUGGGCCUGAUCGUUUUUUCCAUGUCCAGCAGCGUCGGUCUGGUGCCUCACUCACCCGUUCCACGCUACGCGGCGGGCGAACACGUGGCCCUAGCGUUCGGGUAUACCGUCGCCUUCGCGGUCAUCAAGUGCUAUCCGUACGUGUACGCCGCCGUCGGCUGGUGGGUGUUCGCAGUUUUUGCGGUCGCGUCCGCCCUGAACAUCGUUUACGGCGUCUUGAUGUUUUCCGAACCGGAGUCCUCCAAGCAGAAGCGUAGCACCGCAGCCAAACGGUCGUCGGUCGGCCCUGCGGUUUAACUAUAUACACCACGACGGCAAUACUCCGUUUAAAUAAUAUAUUACAUUUUUCCCCAUUCUCGAACACGAGAUUUGAGUACGAAAUAAGAAAACGAUUUAGAGCAUUGAACACGCAUACACACACACACACACACACACACACACACACACUCUAAACUCACACAGAUACAAUGUUUAGAAUCGUAUUACUUAUUAGCUUAUUAUAUAUAGUAAUUAGAAUAAUAAAAUUAUUGUAAUUAUUAUGAAAUCAUCUGUGAAGAUUUAUCAUAUUAUAAUGUACCUUACACUUCCGUGCCUCCCAAUUUUUUUACAUAGGGUACCUAUAUUUUAUUCAAAAGUACGUUUUUAUAUAUUAUUAUAUUGUAUAUUAUUUUACUAUUAUUUACGUGUAUGACUAUAUUAUAUUAUAAAUAUAAUAUGAUAUUCACACAAUUGAAGUGUUAAUAAUAUACAUUUAUACAAUUAUACCUAUUA